AUGAAUACUUCGUCUACUGAGUAUCGAACCGAAGCACUGAAGCUUAUACUAUUUGCUGAGAGAACUGAAUGGGCAGCCAAACAUGGCAAACUAAAUGACCAAAGCAAGUCUUUGAUAGACAAUGGGGUAAAUAAGAAGGCUAUACACACUCAAAUGUUCAAGGGUUCAGAGUUUACUCGCACCAGAGAUGCUGGGACAUCUGCUGCAAAUGCGAAACGACAACCAGAAAGGCAUACGGGCAAGACUAGCCCGAAGAAGCCUCUGAAAUCAGAGAGCAAAUCAGACAAUGUGAAUCCUGGAAAACUGCAGGGUCGACAGCGACCUCGGAUUGAUGCAAGAGAAACCCAAUCCAAAUCGACGAACGAGGUUUCUAAUGAUCGUUCCGAGAUUAGCUUUCAUCUUCAACCACUUAAAAAGGUUUUGAACAAUAGCGGAGCUCAAUUGAAUAGCACAGGUUGUGACUGGCGACCGGCUUCUCCUUCUCAGACUUCUUUGAAUCCCGGAAAGGUGGAUUUAAUAGCAAGUGCUCAACAGAGCACAAGCCUGAUUAAUACUCUUCUUGGAGGCAGCAGCGCAUAUUCUUUACCAGAAUUCGGCUUCAUGCGACUUCCAGACCUUUUGAAUCUUCAAAAACCACACACAGAUCUUUUGAUUGGCCGUUCGACAUCCUCCAGGUUGAUUCCGGGUCCAUAUAAUCCAAGCAGUGCUUCCUACAAUUAUAUACCUAGCGUUGCGGCCACCGCCACAGAAGGCCGCAGCAUUCCUCCUCAGCCAAACAGCAGCUACAAUAACGGAUAUAUUACGAGCUCAAAUAACUAUCCAAGCGGGACCCUACAGCAAGAAUCUUCACAAGAACAACUGAAUAAUGCUGUCUGCUUCGAGCAAGGAAGGACUACCUUCAAAGCUCCGGUACCGAUUGUCAAGAACCAAACUUUGCCAAAAUCCAAGCAAAGCAUCCAAAAGAACAAAUCUAAGCAAGCGUUUGAACCAUCGAAACAUGAAAAUGCUCAAACAAAAACUGCAUUAAAGCCAGAUAGGCUGGGAUAUAGAGACAAAGUGAGGAAGAAAAAACUCAAGAGUUUGAAACGGAUGAACACUAUAGCGAAAAAGUACAAACUGUGA